AUGACCGUUGCCGCUGUAUCGACCAACACCAUCGUAGCACUCGCGUAUGUGAGUGGCAUCGUGGGCAUAUUCGUCAGUCUCCACGGCCACUACUCCACACCCGUUCGAGUCUUGGUCGUCGUGUUGACCUUGUUUGUGGGUUUUGCUUCGGUACGCAGAGAGGGAGACAUUGCGUUCUCCAAUGUCGUAGCCUUCAUGCAGCAGUCCUCCGUAGAUGCGUUCGCCGAAGACUCGACGCCCAACAAUAUC